CUUUUUCUCUACCGUUGGAUAGAAACUAUGUAAUCCGUCACAAGCAUCAUACGGGAAAAUCACGACGAGAGCAGGUCAACUAUCCCACACCCCAACUCUCCUCACCUCCAAGCAGGAACCGUUCAAAACAUUUCCUUUACUUAAACCUAUCUCUCGCCACCUUCUCUGCUUCACCCCUUCUCUCCCAUCCCAUUCAAUAUCUUCGUAACUUCUCUUAUUUUUUUUCUUCUCUUUCAUUUUCAAAGAAAAAAAAAACCUCUGUAGCGUUUUUUUGCGAUGGCAGGAACCGGGGUGGUUGCGGUUUAUGGAAAUGGGGCAAUAACUGAAACCCACAAAUCCCCUUUCUCUGUGAAAGUCGGGCUAGCGCAAAUGCUCCGAGGUGGGGUCAUAAUGGACGUGGUCACCCCCGAACAAGCUCGCAUCGCUGAAGAAGCCGGUGCCUGCGCCGUCAUGGCUCUGGAACGAGUCCCCGCCGAUAUCCGAGCCCAAGGUGGCGUGGCUCGAAUGAGUGACCCACAACUCAUCAAGGAAAUUAAGCAAGCCGUUACUAUCCCCGUCAUGGCCAAGGCCCGUAUUGGUCAUUUCGUUGAGGCCCAGAUCCUUGAAGCUAUUGGCAUCGACUAUGUUGACGAGAGCGAAGUUCUUACCCCGGCUGACGAAGAAAACCAUAUCAACAAACAUAACUUUCGGAUUCCUUUCGUUUGCGGGUGUCGGAAUUUGGGAGAAGCCCUUCGGAGAAUCCGAGAAGGAGCUGCUAUGAUUCGGACCAAAGGAGAAGCUGGAACCGGGAACAUUAUCGAAGCCGUCAGGCACGUCAGGUCCGUGAUGGGAGAUAUUAGGGUUCUCAGAAACAUGGAUGAUGAUGAGGUUUUCAGUUUCGCUAAGAAAAUUCAGUCUCCCUACGAUUUGGUAAUGCAGACGAAGCAGCUGGGGAGGUUGCCAGUGGUGCAAUUCGCUGCCGGAGGAGUGGCGACGCCGGCGGAUGCGGCGUUGAUGAUGCAAUUGGGCUGUGAUGGAGUGUUUGUGGGUUCUGGGGUUUUUAAGAGUGGUGACCCAGCUAGACGGGCUCGGGCGAUUGUUCAGGCCGUCACUCAUUAUAGUGACCCGGACGUGCUUGCUGAGGUUAGCAGUGGGCUUGGUGAGGCAAUGGUUGGUCUUAAUUUAAAUGAUAAGAAGGUUGAGAGGUUCGCAGCUCGGUCUGAUUAGUGUUUUUGAAGCUUUUGGGGUACGUGAAGGUAUCCUGUGGUUGUGUCGCCACCAUCGCCUUCAUUAUAUGUACUUUUCCCAGAUUAUCCAAGUCAAGUGUAGUCUUUCAUACAGUGGGGUCAACUGUUAUGUCUAAACGUUCAUUUAGUGACAGAUGUUUUCAAUAAUUUUGCUGUUUCGUAAUCUAAAAUUUGAUUUUAAGAUUGCUAGGAAUCAAACAGCUCGUCUCAACAUCUUGCAACUAUAAUAAUAUAUUUUUUCAUUGAUUAGGCUCAGAAA